GUGCAACGACCUGUUCCCGUGUAACGGCGUCGCGGCUGCAGAUACGCGCAGCGAUGCACAUUUCCCACAUCUUCAUCUUAUCGUCACGGGGCGACACACUCGUCUUCAAGGACUACCGCGACGACAUCGCCGACCGCACCGACGAGGUGUUCUUCCGCAAGUACAACUUCUGGGACGGGAAGCUGAGUCAGGCGCCGCGUGGGGACUGCCCGCCGUUCUUCACUGAGAAAGGCGUGCAGUACGCCUUUGUGAAGCGGCGGCAGCUCUUCCUCGUGUGCACCACCCGCGAGAACGCGUCACCAAACACGAUGGCGGAGUUCCUCCUCCGCCUGGUGCACCUCCUCAAGGAUUACCUCGGUGCGGUGACGGAGGAGAGCGUCCGCAAGAACUUAACGCUGGUCUACGAGCUGCUUGACGAAGUGGCGCACUUUGGCGUGGUGCAGGAGACGGCGACAGAUCGACUGCGCCCCUUCAUCAGCGACGCUGUCGUCCCUGUCGUGCAGGCCGAGACGCUAAUGGACCGCCUGCGGAGGGGUGACUUCGAUGACAAGAGCAAACGCAGCGACGAGGCGGCCACAUCCGUGCUGACGGUCGACGCGGCGACGAAGAACGAGGUCUACGUGGACCUGCUGGAGCGUCUGACGAUGGUGUUCGGCGCACGCGGCAACGUCGUCAACGCCGCCGUGGAGGGCACCUUGACGCUCAAGAGUUUCCUCGCCGGCACCCCGACCGUCACCAUCGGCCUUUCGAACGAAAUUGUGUUGCGCAGCACCCUUCCGCGAGGCCAGAGCCCGCCGCCGGGGUCGAUCGCAAUGGACGGCAUCACCUUCGACAACGGCGUCGACACAUCGCAGUUUGCGCGUUCGCGGCUGGUGACACUGCGACCUUCGCUGGGUGAAGUGACGGUGCUGCGCUACCGCUGCCUCGCCCCCGCCGGUUCACCGCCCUUCCGGCUGGCGCAGUCCCUUGACGUGCAGUCGGCUUGCCGCGGUACUCUCCUCCUGCGGGUGCGAGCGGAGCUGCCGACCGACACGACGGCGCUGGCCGUGCGCAUCUGCGUCCCGCUCCCCGCGACGACGGUGAGCGCCGUGGCCGACUUCCGCUCGGAGGGGGCGAGCCACUCCUAUGAGUGGAGGGAGGCGGAUCGGGAGCUGUGGUGGACCGUGCCGAAGUUCUCCGGCGGCGUGGAGCACCAGGCCCAGGUGCGCUUCAUCACCUCGGAGGAGAUCACCCCUGCCAUGCGGCGUGAAGUCGGCCCGGUGACGCUGGUGUUUGAGAUUCCGCAGUUCAACAUGUCCGGCACGCGGGUGCUGUCGCUCCAGAUCGACGAGCGCGGCACGGCGCAAAACCCGGGAAAGUGGAUUCGGUCCAUUACGCAGGCCAGCGCCUACACCUUCCGCACCCACUAA